UUUUAAUAUUCCAGUGCUCGAAAAAAAUAAUAACCCUAAGCCUAAUCCCAAUUCAACAGAAUCAGAAUCCGAUCAAAACCAGCAUCAUCGACCUCUUUGUUCAUACGCUCCGGUGAGUCAAAUUGACCGUUAGAGAGAGACAGAUGGCUAGUGCUGGAGAAAAAAGAGGUAGGGAUGAUGUGGAUGAUAAAUUGAAUAACACGGUGGGAGUAACUUCUUCUGGUGAAGAUGAUGACGACGAUUGCGAUUCAGAACCAGCUUUUAUGCGUCUCUUUAGGAAGAAACUCACUGAUGAAGAACUUUCGGAGUAUUAUAGACGGUCCUUCAGCAGCAAUGGAUUUGAUGUUCCCGAGUUUGGAUGUGCAUUAGCUGGCGGAAUUAGACCCAUGAAGCUGGGUGGAAGAUAUGACGAACUCGUGAGCGAUUUUGCUAAGCAAGCCUUGCAAGUCUACAAUAACCAAAAUAAUGCGAUUUUUGAGUUUGAUCAUCUUGUCAAGGCUAAUAUCCAAGCUGUUUCCGGCUUUAUGUAUUACAUUACUUUUACUGCAUGCUCUGGGGAUAAUGCGCUUCAAACCUUUUGCAGCAAAGUAUGGCAAAAAGUAAUGAAUAAGGGAACAGAAGUUAAGUUUUGUGUGAUGGCAAGUGAUUAAGCAGCAGUGUAUGUCAACUGUUCAUCACUCACAUACAAGUUGAAGUGAAAUAUCAAAGUCAUUAUACUCUGCCUGCUAAGAAGACUCAAGGAAAUCUUCAAUAAACGGGUUAAUUUCCUGUCAGACCGUCCAUCAACAUAAACAAAUGGCUCCAAUGGAAUCUUGAUGAAAUUAGAUUUUAACAUUGACAAAUCAAGUGUCUUCCAAAGAAGUGGAUCGCAGCAAGCCAUGCGCCACGCACUACAAACAUGAGCUAUGCCAGCCGUUAACUCGAAGAUGUCGAGCAGCUGAAAAAUUUUCACCAAAAUAUCUAUGUCCAGAUCCUCCCAUCUCCUUAUGCUAUAAUCACCAUCUUCCAUUAUGCCAAUUUCCUAAGAUUCUUACUGAAUUUCAAUCUAUAAAAAAAUACCAACAACUAGUUCAAAACACUAAAUUGAAAAAGUAUACAGGAGAACAUAUAAACGAAAAUAUACAUAUUUAUAAAUAAACAGAGUGGGACAGCAAUUAACAGCAUCAACACAUUGUCAAAUAUUUGGUUGUCUUCGACAGUGUAGUUAAAGGUGGCAAAAGGCACGGCUAUGCCUUUUUGUGAGGUCAUAAGCAGCAGCCUCUUCGUGGGCACAGGGGCACAGCUCAGAUGUUAUUUAUGUUUAAGUUUAAUUAGGUUAACUGUGAUUUAUUUAUGUAUUUAUAUGAAGUAGCAUGACAUAUAUAUUUAUGAAAAUGUCAUUGUGGAGGAUCUUAUGAUCCAUGUUAUGUUCCA